UCAAAAAAAUACAGGAGUUUUCGAUUUUUUAUGAAAAUUCACAAUUAUUUUAAACUAAUCUAAAAAGUGAACAAAAUUCAACGAAAAAUAUUAAAGUUGCUUUACGAUUAUGGCAACUUAUUCCAAUCCUCAUUGGUUAUUAUGUCAUAUACGUAACUCCUUUAUUUCCACCGAUGAUACGGGUAUGUGCGAGACCGUAAUGGUUAGCGAUGAUCUGCCCAAACAUUAUUUGCGGAAAUACCAAGGAAAUGGAAUAUCACGCAAUGUGCAGCAGCAACAGAGACGUUCACUUGGAACUGUACCACCACAACAGUCGCAGCAGCAACCUCCAACACAACAUCGAAACUAUGAUCCAACUUUGCAAGAAGUCGAUUUUAUUUGUUAUCCUGGUCUCGAUCAAAGUGAUGACGAAGAUGUUGACUUGACCGCACAAUCAUUUGACAUACAAAUGUAUCCAGAGGUGGGAGCUCAUCGAUUUCGUUCAAAUACGGCACAGAAGUUGGAAAAAAUGGAUAUAGCAAGACGUAAAGCGGCGAAAACGAAAUGUGUCAACUAUGAUGAUGAAAUUGUACUGCCCGAACGUAAUGAUUUUUUCGUUCGCAAAUCAAUAGGGUCACAAGAGAAGUCAAUGCCACAAAAUGAGGUGGUGAAAAGUAAACUAUCGCUACAAUUGGCCAAUAGUCCGAAACAAGUACAAAACCGAUAUCAAGAAUAUGCAAAAUUCGAUGGUACAUCACAGACGGGAGUACAAACGAAGCGAAUUAAUGUAUUUUUGAGUAUGCUGCCGGAGAAGGAAAGAAAUUAUCCCAUAAAAAUAUGUGUUAUUUCGCAUGCCAAAAUUGCGGAGGUAAUUGGCUUAGUGUGCUACAAAGCUACGGUCGAGUUUCCAGAUCUUCCACUUAAGUCCAUACGGCAUUACGGAUUAUAUAUGACUGAAGAUAAUGAUGACUUAGAAGAUUUCCCGCCUUUAGAUCAUCGGGAACCCUGUUCAAAAUUUGGAUUUUCACACUUGACACUGGCUGAAAGAAGACCUUUGGUCGGGGAUACCCGUGCAGAUUAUGGACCCACAAAAUCUAUGACUUCGGAGGAAGAGAAGGCCAGACUUGCGACUAUGGCACUACAUUCCCUUAAUUGUACGGGUGUGGGAGCCGAAGGAUUCCAUAGUCCCGAGGACAAAGAUGAUGUAGAUGGUGGUCACAAUACAUUCGGUGCCGAAGGACGUGUCGAUGAUUUGGAGCAAAGAAUUCUAAGUCAGGAUGACAUGUUGGAGGCUCCCGUAUAUCGUAGUUAUAAUUUAAAUAUUAUCGAUAAGAAAUUCUUUAAAACUGAAGUAGCUCUGGGCAUAUCCGGUGAGCGCAUCGAAAUAGAUCAACAGAAAAAUGCCAAAUUUUGGACAAAACAACGGGCUGUUACAUAUCCCAUAGAUGCAGUGGCCCAUUGUGAAAUCGUCGAAAAGCGUACAGUAAAAGCGGUAUUACGCAUUUGGCUCAAAACUUCGUCGGCCAUUAGUUCUAGCUCGUUCAGUGAUAAUAAAACUUCUCUCUCAAUACCUGCCCAUUCACCCACUAGUCCCGGACAUUAUCCACAUUUUUCAUCACCUUUUAAUUUUCUAAGUAGCUCUAGUAGCGCUUCGUCCUCAUCACAACAAAUACGCUUUAAGCAUUAUGACUUUGAAACAACUGUUCCGAUGGCCGAACAAAUCUAUAAAAAAUUAUGUUGUAUCCUGGACAUGUGUUCAUCCGAUGUUCGUAGGGAAUUUUUGCAAGUUAAACAACGUAAAUUGGAAAAAAGUCAAGCUAAAAAGCAUCUCAAAUUGUAGUAUCUAGAUUUUUAUAUAAAAUGUUAUAGACUUUUUAUAUAUUCCUGCACCGCUGGCCAAUGUUAAUCAUGAAUUCGUUGCUCGUCACCUACAGUAAAAAUAUAAAAGAAAACACUACAAACGGCAACACACAGUAUCCAUAAUAUAAUUAAAUUUAUAUGUAUAAAUAUAGUUUGGUUCUAAUUUUAAUAAUAUUUUUUUUAUAUUUAUAGUACCGAUAUUCUGUAUAAUGUUUAAGAAUUAUCAUAAUUUUGCUAUUUUUUAAGGUUUACAUUACAUUUAAAUUAUUUUUUUUUAACGAUAAGUUAUUUUUUUCCAUUUUAUAUCCAUAAGACUUUUUUCUUACUCAACUAAAUGUUUAAUAAAUAAACAAACAAUUGGUUAAAUUAA